AUGAAGUUUGGAUCGUUUACUGCAGUUAUUUUAUUCAAAUAUGGAUACUCUGAUGAUAUUUGGUUGCCGUACAUCAGUAUAUUGCUAAUAACAGUUGAUGAUAGUUGCAAUUAUUGGGAUGACGAACUGACACAGAAAGCGCAGCAACAGAGUGACACUUGUCGAUUCGGUCAUAACAUGAACGCUGGAAGAGUCACCUCGAAAUGGAGCAAGUGGGUCGGGCAGAACAUUGCAGGAUUCCAAACAUAUCAAUCAGGAUUUAAAGCUUGGUUCAAUGGGUACAAGAAUUACAGUUUUCGAGAAAAGAUUUGUCGUGGAGGGUGCCUAAGUUAUACACAAAUCGUAUGGGCGAAAACGAAAGCCGUCGGCUGCGGUGUGACGAAUUGCACCGGCAGGCCAAACUUCCCAUACGGCAUGUAUCUUGUUUGCAAUUACGCGCCGGGGGGGAACUACAACAACCAAUCUCCGUAUGAGGCCGGCAAUUGUGUUGGCCGUUAG